AUUUUGAAACUAGAGUUUGCUCUUUUGUUCAAGAUUAGCUGAGCAGUAGCUGCCACUACUAUGCUCUUCUCUUCUUCUAUUAUUUUCUCAAUCGCCAGCUUCUCUUACACUCUUCAAUCAUCAUCACCACCGUCGUCGUCGUCAUCAUCUUUAUCUUCUUGAUUUCUCUUUCACCAUUGAUUUUCAUCUCCGGAUUUGCUUAUUUUCUUUCUAGCAUUCACUCGGGGAGUAGUCGUCUUAGCUGUCCCAGUCUAGUUGCCUUUUUUUAUUUUCCUUCUCUAAGGAUUUUCCUGCUUCAGUGGUAAAAUGCUGGGUGAAAUUGAUGGUGAUGCACCUCUUGAUUAUGCUGAAAUCCAGAUUUUCCCAGCACAGAACAGGUAUGAAGCAAGUGUUUGCUGUAAAGGCAAAAUACAAAUUGUGGAAACUGGAGUUCUAGAAUCACUGUUGCCUCAUUUACCAAAAGUUAAUGAAAUUUACUCUAAUGGAACCAAUGCCUCCGUCAAACUCUUACUCCCGGAAAACCUGAAUGGUGCAGCAUGGUUUACAAAGUCAACUUUAAACAGAUUCUUCCAGACUAUGAGUUCGCCAGAUUUGAUGCAUACAGCUAGUUUUACGAAAGACGAGAUGUCACAGUUGGAGGAGGCCAGAAGGUUCCAUCUGUCGUUGUAUGGCGAGCCCCAAGUUGAGAAAGCAUCAGAUAAUUCGAAGAAUGAACUCUUGCGAGCUCUGGAUUUGAGGUUGACGGCGUUAAAAAGUGAAUUAGCCACUAGUUUUAGCGAGGCUGCAUGUUCCAUUUGCUCCACCAAAGAGAUUACUGAUUUAGCCAAAUUUUCUGAACACUUUGGAGGAAUAGAAUUGAGGGAUUCUUUGCACAAGUUUUUAGAGCUGAACCAGGAGAGCAAUAGUGAUCACCAAAAUGAUGUCAAGAGCUCACUCAUGCCAAAACCAAGGAAUCACAAUGUAAAUGAGACACAGGGAAAUGUUCAGAUAUCAAAAGCAGUGCAUUCAGAUACACCAGUAAAGUUUGGAGUUUCGCCUGCAAAAGCUGCUCAGGUUGAGAGACAGAUUUCAUCGGGAAGUGAGGAGUCUUCUGAAUCAAGUGACGAGGACAGAAGAUCUGCAGAAAGAAGUCGAACUAUGAUAAGAUCUGCAUCACCCAGAAGGUCAGCAUCUCCAAUGCGGAGGGUACAAAUAGGAAGAGGAGGGUCACGCAGGGCGGCUGCAUUGACCAUUAAGAGCCUCGGCUUUUUCCCAGCAAGGGAUAAAAGUUUUCCGUACAGAGAUGCAUCUGGAAAUAGUAGUGAAGAGGAAGGAUUUGAGCAACCAAAUAGGAAACCUGAGAAUCAUGUACGAAGAAUGUCCGUUCAAGAUGCCAUCCAUCUUUUUGAAAGCAAGCAAAGGGAUCAAACUGGUGAUGGUCAAAUGAGGAAGUCAUUAUCAAAUAUAUCUAUAAAUGCUAGUAAAGCUGUAUUGAGAAGAUGGAGUUCAGGUAUGGGUGAAACUUCCACCCCAUGCGAACCAGAGCCUGAGGACUUUGUGCCUAAUGAUGUAGAAAAUGAAGAGAAUCAGAAGUAUACAACAGACGUGAAAUCAGAGUCAGAAACUGUACCUACAGGUCAGGAGACCAUUAAAACCCCUGAAGUUCACAUGAACUUGGAAAAAUUGGAUAAGAGUUUGUCUGACCCAACAGAUAAUGAAGCAGAUACUAUUAUCACAGAAGAAGAGAGUGUCAAAAAGUCAACAGCAACAACUGAAUGGAAUAGACUAAAGGAGGCUGAGUUGAAUCAGAUGUUGAUGCAAAUGAUGGAAACAAAGCCUGGAAGACAUGCAAAGACUCAAACUAGCAGAAAACAAAGUCUACCUUCUGGGCAAAGAGGUGGAUUUUAUGAUCACUACAAGGAGAAGAGGGAUGAAAAGCUCAGAGGAGAGAAUUCUAGGAUUAAAGCAGAGAAAGAAGCUCAAUUUAAAGCAAUGCAGAAAAUUCUUGAUGAGAGAAAAUCCGAAAUGGCCUCCAAAAAGGUAAAAGAUGUUGAUAAAAAGCCUGUUAUGCGCAAGUCUCAAAAAUCAGUUAGAAGUUUGCCUCAACCUGCCAACCCCAAAAAGGAAACCAAAAAGGAAAUAUCAAAGGUACCUUCUGCAAAGAAGACUUUGCCAAAAACAUCACCCUUGCCUCCUACACGCAAGUCAUGGCCAUCGACACCACCAGCAAGAGCUGUAGGGACAUCACCAGCUAAAACUCCUGUUGGGAACUCCUCUGCUGGCACUACUCCAACGCGUCGAAAAACCCAGCAACAAUCAUCACUUCCUCGACCUAGCUCUAAAGUGGAAAGGCCCCAGCAGCUGCAAAGAAAGGAGUCUCUGACUAAUAGUGGCAAGGGCUUGAAAAAUGUGAAAGCUGUUAACGAGAAACAACAGCAAGCACCGAAAAAGACUAGUAAACCAACAAAAACAAAAGUAGGGACAGCUUCUGAGGAUUGUUCAGAUGUGAUUCCAGCAAAGCCUGGGCUAUAUAGCAGGGUAACUAAAAAAAGUACUGUAGUGCCAGUCGAAACAAAACCUUUUCUCCGCAAGGGUUCUAGGACUGCUCCUGGUGUUAGUCCCACUGUUAACAAGACAAAAAAUUCUCAAUCAGAAGAAUUGCUCAGAAACAGCGAAAAUCUUGUUGAGAAGCAAGAAACAGAAGUGGUUGCUGAUAUUUCUGAAACGGCGAGUCAGCGUCAAGGAGAGGAUGUCAUGUUAGUAGAUCAUCAAGAUGCUGCUAUGGAAUCAGAAGCUCUGGAAAAUAGCUGGCAUGAAUGUAAUAGUGGGGCAGAGAACUUUGACUCAGUCCCUGCUGAUUGUAAUGGUGCCUUGCCCAAAAAUGUCACAGACUCCUUAACAGAAAUUCAAGUUGAAGAAGAAGCAAUAAUCUCCCCUUCGGCCUGGGUUGAAACAGAAGAACAUCAAGCCAUGCCACCAUGUGAUGACAGGCCAGGUCAGCCUACCUCUUCUACCAUUGCUGCACCAAUUGGAUCAACAAGUCCACGUGUGCGUCAUUCUUUGUCCCAAAUGCUGCAAGAGGAGAGUAAUGAACCUGAUAUUAUUGAAUGGGGUAAUGCUGAAAAUCCUCCUGCAAUAGUCUACCAGAAAGAUGCACCCAAAGGAUUGAAGAGGCUAUUAAAGUUUGCCCGGAAGAGUAAAGGAGAUGCUAAUAUAAGUGGUUGGUCUAGCCCAUCAGUUUUUUCCGAAGGCGAAGAUGAUGCUGACAAUCUAAUGAGAAAGGCUAGUCUUAAUGCGAAGAGUAACUAUGGGCAGCAAAGAACUUCAUUAGGAGAUGGUUAUGAUGCUCGUGAAGUAUACUCAGCUCAAUCAAAUAUUAGCAAAGUCAAUACCAGGAGUUCCUUGCAUAAGUUGCAAGACGAUUCCACUGGAGUGUCAACAACUAAAGCAACAAGAUCAUUCUUCUCCCUUUCAGCCUUUAGAGGCGGCGCGAAAUGAGAUUGAAAGUUUUCUUCAUAAAUAGCUAUAAGUUCGAGAUGAUGAUUCUAUAUUGCUUUUAGUUCAAGACCAAAUGCAAUGCAGGUUUAGCAAGAAGCAAAAUUCUACUUUUCUUACAUCGGUCGAGCAUAGUUUGUACUGUUCCAGGUGCAGGAAAAAAGAUGUUUUUAAAAGAUUUCUUCCUUUUCCCCUCUUAUUUUCUGGGUUGUACAUUCAAUUUGCCCUGGUUCUAGGAUUUCACUAUGCUUAGCACCUUGCUGCUUAGAUAUCUUGAACAUUCAUUGAUUGCAAUUUGUUUAGUCAACUAACCACUGCUUUUGUAUCUCGUUUGUGAAAUUACUUAAUAAUAUAUUCCAGUUUCAAAUUUGUA